CUUCAAUCCCCCUUUUUUUUGGUGUACUUGAAACAACAGAACCCAAGGGGAAAUUAAUUGGCUGUGGAAAAUGGCAGCAAAGAUUUUGCCUGUCGUGAAACUAGCCACCAAGGUGAGCAUCGCAGGAGGAGCCCUGUACGUCGUCUAUGACUCUGGUCUGUUGGGGAGCAGUGUGCAGGGCUCAGAGGCUUUGGGGAAGGCUAAGGCUGCAGUACCCCCCGCCAUAGAGGAAUGGAUGAAGUACUUUGGCCUGCAGGCUCAGCUUCCUACCAUGCCUAAGAUUGAAUUCACCCCGGUUGAGGGGUGGAACUCCGGAGUGCGGUGGACUAUUUCAAGUCUUUCAGAGGCUCCAACAAAAGCAAAUGAAUACACAAAUCAGGGAUUGCAAUACAUCAAAGAUCUCGUCAAAUGAACAAAAAUUCUUUGGACAACCUGACAUCUUUCAAUCUUUUUGAGUUUUGCACUUGACAAAUAUUACUUCUUCAAAAGUUGUUAAAUCUGGCUUCAAGGAGCCUAGUCUUUUGAAAUGGUACUGUGGUUCUUUAAAUGAAAGUGGCAUUCAUCAGGAGUUGUGUUGUACAUAAAGCUGAAAUGCUAAAUGCAUUUUUGGAAAAGUUGUUUCAUUUUGUGUUAAAUACCAAAUUUAUUUUUCAAUUUUAAUCACUGACUGAUGAAUCAUAUUUUAUUUCCCUUUUCUCAAACCACUCUGGGGUCAUGAAGAGAAUAUCUCUUGUAUAUAUGCAAUCUCUCCAUUUGUGAUUUAAUAAUACAUCCAUCUUCAAACACA